AAAUAAGUAAUAUUUUGCGCGCGAAGCAACUCACUCACGGUCAAGGCAGAGAAGUCGUUGUUCGUCGAUAGAAAAGUGCUAAGAAAUUGCAAUCAUGGCGGGCCCGCUCUAUGUCAUCAAAAGAGGCGGCGAACGAACCGAGAGUGUCAUGUUUGAUAAAAUUACUUCUCGAGUUUGCAAGUUGUGUUAUGGAUUGGACAUGACAUACAUUGAUCCCGUAAGCAUUACUUUGAAGGUAAUCAGUGGUAUAUACCCUGGGGUUUCAACAGUUGAACUUGAUACACUGGCUGCGGAGACAGCAGCAGCCAUGACAACAAAGCAUCCUGAUUAUGCCAUUUUAGCUGCCAGGAUAGCUGUUUCCAAUCUGCAUAAAGAAACAAGAAAAGCAUUCAGUGAUGUUAUUCAUGACCUGUACCAUUAUGUGAAUAAAGAAACUGGUAAAUCAUGUCCAAUGAUAUCAGACGAGGUCUAUGAUAUUGUUAUGAAAAACUCUGAGAAAUUGAACUCAGCAAUAGUUUAUGACAGAGACUUUCAGUAUCAGUAUUUUGGCUUCAAGACAUUGGAAAGAUCCUACUUAUUGAAAAUACAUGGGAAAGUUGCUGAGAGGCCACAGCACAUGCUCAUGCGAGUUUCUGUAGGCAUUCAUAAAGAAGACAUUGAUGCUGCCAUUGAAACAUACAAUUUGAUGUCUGAAAGAUGGUUCACCCAUGCAUCUCCAACACUUUUUAAUUCUGGAACACCUCGUCCACAGCUAUCAAGUUGUUUCUUACUUGCCAUGAAAGGAGACAGUAUUGAAGGGAUUUUUGACACAUUAAAGAACUGUUCUGUCAUUUCAAAAUAUGCUGGUGGAAUUGGUCUUCAUGUGCAUUGUAUAAGAGCUACUGGUACCUAUAUCAGUGGCACAAAUGGUAAAUCAAAUGGCUUGGUUCCGAUGCUCAGAGUUUUUAAUAACUGUGCCAGGUAUGUUGACCAGGGUGGCAAUAAAAGGCCAGGAGCUUUUGCCAUCUAUCUGGAGACUUGGCAUGCGGAUAUAUUUGAAUUUUUGGACCUGAAAAAGAAUACAGGAAAAGAAGAACAGAGAGCAAGGGACCUUUUCUAUGCACUGUGGAUUUCUGAUUUGUUCAUGAAACGGGUGGAGAGUGAUGGAAUGUGGUCUCUCAUGUGUCCACAUGAAUCUCCAGGAUUAGCUGAUACAUGGGGAGAUGCAUUUGAAGAACUCUAUACCAAAUAUGAAAGGGAAGGAAAGUACAAAGUGCAAGUAAAAGCCCAAAAGUUGUGGUUUGCCAUCAUGGAGUCACAGAUAGAGACUGGAACACCGUAUAUGUUAUAUAAAGAUUCUUGCAACAGAAAAAGCAAUCAACAGAAUCUGGGCACCAUAAAGUGCAGCAAUCUAUGCACUGAAGUUAUAGAAUACACAAGUCCUGACGAGGUUGCUGUUUGCAAUCUUGCUUCCAUUGCAUUGAAUAUGUUUGUACGGUCUGAAAAUCCAAAUAGCCCAAAAAUGGAGCUCAAGAAAUGGUUUGAUUUUGAAAAAUUGAAAGAAGUGACUAAGGUUAUCACAAGGAAUUUGAAUAAAGUGAUUGACCUAAACUAUUACCCAAUUCCAGAGGCAAGGAAGUCUAAUUUCAGGCACAGGCCAAUUGGCAUUGGGGUUCAGGGCUUUGCAGAUUGCCUGAUCAUGAUGAGAUAUCCUUUUGAAAGUGCCGAAGCAGCACUUCUGAACAAGCAGAUCUUUGAGACAAUUUACUAUGCUGCCCUAGAGGCUUCAUGUGAACUUGCCGAGAAAUGUGGUACUUAUGAGACAUAUCCAGGCUGUCCUGCAAGCAAAGGACAACUUCAGUAUGAUUUGUGGAAUAUUACACCAACGGAUCUUCUUGCAAAGCCUGGAGAGGAGACACUAACAAAACUGGAUUGGCCUGGACUAAAGAAACGUAUUGCACAGCAUGGUAUCCGCAACAGCCUUUUGUUGGCUCCAAUGCCUACUGCUUCAACUGCACAAAUUCUGGGCAACAACGAAUCUUUUGAACCUUACACCAGCAACAUUUACAGCAGACGAGUUCUAUCGGGAGAAUUCCAGAUUGUAAACAAGCAUCUUCUUCGCGACCUGACGGAGCGAGGGAUAUGGAACGAUGAGAUGAGGAACCAGCUUAUUGCCCAUAAUGGAUCAGUACAGCUUAUCGAUGCCAUUCCUACUGACAUAAAACAGCUUUAUAAAACUGCCUGGGAAAUAUCACAGAAGACCCUUAUCAACAUGGCUGCUGACAGGGGAGCUUUCAUUGACCAAAGUCAAUCAUUCAACGUGUUCAUUGGUGAACCAAACUUCGGAAAGUUGACUAGCAUGCAUUUCUAUGGUUGGAAAAAGGGUUUGAAAACAGGCAUGUAUUACUUGAGAACGAAGCCAGCCGCCAACGCGAUCCAGUUCACUGUUGACAAAACUAAGUUAAAAGCAACCCAACCAACUAAAGAGCAACAAGAUAAAAACAUGGAAGCAAUGGUGUGUUCGUUGGAGAACCCAGAUAACUGCACUUCUUGCAGCGGAUGAGAACUGAUUGGUUGAUUAAUUAAGGGAAGUCUUGUUAAAUCAUGGGACUGUCCUUAGUUUUGCCUUGUUGGCAAGCCCAAGUUUGUAAGCAGGGCUGAAUGUUUUUAAAGCACUCAUAAGGGGGCAACAGUGGCUGCUUUAACGUUGCUAACGAAUGUAAAUUUUGGGUUAUGCAAUAAUAGUUGUUAGCAUUUUGUAUCAUAUAUAGUGGUCCUUGUAAACUAUGUACGCUUGAAAGACCGGAUAAUCUAAACCCCUUGUCUUGCUGUAAAGGGUCGUACCUUUGGCUGUCAGAUCACUUACCACCCCCACCCCCUCCCUUGAAUGAGCAUUCUCCACGUUUAUCGCAUUUUAAUGGAAUGAUGACGUAAUAAAACGAAGCUGCUGGACUUCUCUACAGAAAAAUUGGGGGAAUUCCUUGCAGUAACAAAAUGAUGAUGAAUGACAUAUUAAUUUAUUUUCCAAAAACAUAGGCACCGUACCGUGGCACCAACUCCUUCCAUCCCCUAUUAAUGUACUUUCUGUAUGGAUGUCCCCUAUUUGAAAAUUUUGUGUAGCGAAGCAGCAACAGGGUGCAACGAAUUUCAAUGUUAACGACAUUUGUAUGGCCAGAACUUUUUCACGUACUGUUUAUUAUCAGCAUAUCCAGUAUGGAUCUCAUCCAACAUGCACCCAACACUGCUGCAUGUGACACUUGGAUUUUAAUCUAUCCUUGAGUGAUUCGAUAAUAAUUACCUGUUUUGGUAAUUGCUAUUUUUAUUAACAAUAAAACUAAUUGUUCGUAUUAAUGUCUGUACAUUUUAUAAUUGUGAAAACCAAUGAAUUUUCUAAGUUCUA